UCGUCAUUAAAGUUCGAACUUGUUUUUUGGUUUCUUGGUAAAUAUUACAAACAAAAAAAUGAUGGAAAUGGAAUUAAUUGCUGGCAAUGUGGAGCAUUACACACCUCCCGUAGACCAACUAAAGCCAUAUAAACAAUUUAAUUGCUCCCAGCCCGACUGCAAUAGCACAUUUACCAACCAAGCAAAUUAUGAGAUGCAUUUGGAGAAGCACCAUCGCUUGCUUGUCGGACAGAAGUCUUUGAACUUGAGACUAUUUCAUUGUCCGGAACUCAAUUGCAUAUAUCAGUUUGGCAAGGAAAAGGGGAAACACUUCAAGAAUAUGAAAUAUUUGAGGCAGCAUUAUCAAAAGGUACAUUUGUCCAAAAAUUUUGUAUGUGAAGACUGUGGCAAGGCCUUCUCCUUGGAAAGCCAACUGAGAAAGCACAAAAAAGAUGUUUGUGGAAAAAAAUUUGCUUGUCGCGAAUGCGGUUGGCCCUAUGAGUCCCUGGAAGCUUUGUUGACCCAUGGUAAACGAAAAGGGCAUAAUGUAAAGGAAGUUAUAAUGAUUACCAAAAUGGAUAGUGCUAAGGCUACGAAAGAUAUGCGGCAAGUGGAGAAAUCAAACAAGCCUUUCGAGCAGGACAAGUUGGCAGGAGUUAAAGAUAGUGUUAUGAUAAAUAAUGAAUUAAAUUCUACGCCUGCGCUUCACCUAAACCCGCAGAGUAUUUGUUCUAGCCAAAUUUCGGCUGGCGUUCAAACCGACUGUUUUUCUGAAAUGACUGAUGCCGCCACAAGCCAAGAUUUAUCCAACGCUUUGGAUGAAAUUCAUUCUCUGUUAAGAGACAUUGAGACACAAACAGAACCAUUUCUAGCUGCAGCAAACGAAAAUCAAAAUUAUUUAGAUCAAAUGCUGGCUCAAUCAUCGCACAUGUAUACACAGACCUGUGAUGAGUUUCUUUCCGAACUGGGUUUAGCUGACAUACAAACUCAGACUCAUUGGCCCUCGCCACAAAGACAUGUUGAUGAUAAACUACAAUUUACAUCGACUGCCACCUCAACAAAUUGCAUUCACGACGAGUUGUUGGUUUCCACAGAGACCCAAACCAGUUUUACACAAUGCCUGUUGAACUCUUGCAGUGACACAGGCACAAGUACGCCACCGGUUAGUUUCGGUAGCCUAUAUCACACAUCAUCGCAACACACACAGACUUGUGAUCCACUAUUGGAAAGCUUCGAUUUUGGUGGACAGGCAUCAGAUUUAAUUGAUGGUGGAUUUCAAUCGACCUAUACGCAAACAUGAUGGUACGAUUGGGAGUUUGAGGCGAAUCUAGAUAGAGGUGGCAUAUGUGAAGAUCACGAAAAUGCUACGGUUGACGUUGAUUUGCAGAAUGGCGGGAUUACGACGGAAAGAACUAAGAAACCCAAAUCUUCAUACAGACGCUAGAUAACAUAAGGAAGUCAAAUCACGAAAUUUAAGGGCAAUAUUGAAAAGUAUACGUACACAUAUAGAAUAUUAAGAAAAUUAGUAACAAUUUGCAAUUAAUUAUUCCAAAUAUAUCCACCUAUACGUACAUCAAA